AUAUAUUGUCCUUCGUACACUCUUAGUGUCUCAUAUGAUUUUUAAGAUAAAACCACACCCAACUCAGCUUCUGAUUAACACCAGAGAUGAUUUCCUGUCACAGUCAGGAAUCAGUUGAAUCAUAUUUGAUCAGAGGCUAAAGUAGAAGCACAGAGCUAAUCUGUGGCCAAGGUGAGAGAGUGAAACCUGAAUGCAUGCUCUUUGUCUCCCUCCACAGCUGCUUUGCCGAGUUACAUCAGGCCAGGCUUUCUGGAGGCACUGUUAAUGCUAAGAACAAGGAAAAUAAGAAAAUCCUACAAACAGUCAAGCGCUGUCUUUCCGUUGUCAAUGAGGACUAUGAGGACGACAAUGAACAGGUAAGAUAUUAUUUGCUAAAAGACUCACUUAACAAUAAACCUGGGACACGUGACAGUGUUUUUCCCCAGCUCUGUUUCAGUUGUAGUUGUUGAUGUAUUUUCUGCUUCUUUCCCAUUCUUCUCUUAGGAUGCCCAUGAAUGUGUGUUGCUCCUCCUCUUUCAGCUGAAGGAGGAGGGUAUGGCAUUAAAGGGCUCACCAGAGCCAUACACCUGCCCCGUGAAGCAGUUAGAAUUCAAGCUGAAGACUUCCCGUACCUGCACCAGCUGUGGAGUUAUAGUGUAUGGUCAGGAGGAUUACAAUCACUUGUCCCUGAGCCUGAGCCAUUACCUGCCACACAGCCUGGACCUCUACUUUAAGCCAUCUGCGUUAGAGUGUGCAUGCAGGGUGUGCUCAGGCAGCAUGGCAUCUGUGACUAUGCACUUCCUCACGCUGCCCCGGGUCCUAAUGCUUCAUAUCAAGCGAUUUACUGCAGGCGACUGGGAGCCAAAGAAGGUGGAUGAUCCCAUGUCCAUCCCUGCAGAAAUAACCCUCCCAGCCGUAUGUGGGAAGACAGCCCAUGUCCAGUAUGGAGCCAGGGCAAGCUCCCUGGGGAAAAACAACAUGGACAACAAACCUGCAAACUCCCCGAAAGGCACCCUUGAUAGACCAGCUUCAAAUUCCUCUGACCAGCUAGAGAAACCAGCUGACAGUGAGGAAAAGCAGCAGGCAGCCGCUGUGAGACAACAGCCAGACAAUAUCUACAAAUUGUCAAGUGUGAUCUCACAUCUGGGAGACAACAUGUAUACAGGCCACUACAUCAGUGAUGUUUUGGACAGCCGUGGCAGUGGGUGGCUCUGCCUGGAUGACGCACAUGUCUUGAGGACAGAUGAGGCCACUGUGCUGAAGGCGAUUGCACAGACUGCCUACAUCCUGUUCUAUGUCUGCAGUGGAGCAGGUGAAGGAGACCAGGCCCAUCACUACCAGGAGAAGGACCAGGAGAACCCAUCAUUAAACUCAGGGAGAGGCACAGCGCUCAGGGAACACCUGGAGUAG